AUGCCUAUCCUUGUUCACCGCCAGGAGCAAACAUCGCAGCACACUGCAAACAUAUCGCCAGCGCUGUCGACGCUUUCGCCACGCAUGCACUGCCUCUGCAAAGGGAAAUACGUCAAUACGUCAGAGCCUAGCAGAUCACCCGUGAUGGACUUUGCCAAUAUACGCAUGCAAUCCGAUUGGCAUGGCAUGGGCAUCUCCUUCAUGGCAUCGACCCGCACUGCCGUAGGAGCCGCACUUUGCGGGUUCCAGAAUGUGAACGGCUGGCCGCAAACGUUUGCAUUGUUUGGGCCAUCGCUCGGGUACAGUCGGACCGUCGGCCAACGGAUAACGAAGUCACGUCCUUAUCGCUGGAUUCCCUGA